AUGGGGAUGAACUUACUUGAGACUGCCAAUGGGUUCGUCGGCCGCGACGUUAUUUUUCGGCCGAUUCAAUUCGAGCGGUACCGGAAGCCGUGUGUGGUGAGUUACCCCCGCCGUGCGGUGGUGCUGAACCCAAACCACACGCGCGAGCAUCGUCGCGAUGUGGGAGAAAGGGGCGGGAAGAACGACGCUGCAUCCAGCAGCAGCAGCAGCAGCAGCAGCCGAAGUGAGGACGACGAAGACGUUGACGAUGAUGACCCGCUGCACCUCGAGGAGGAGCAGAUGGUGUGCAGCAACGAGCAGCUCAAGCAGCAGCUUCAUCUGCGCUGGCGCCACAUCGGCCCCAGCGGCUGCGGGCUGCGCAACUUGGGCAACACGUGCUUCGCCAACAGUGUUCUCCAGGCGCUCGCCUACACACCGGCUCUCGCGCAGUAUUUCGCCAAAUCGUUUAAAGCCCCGUGCUCAAACGCUGUGGGAGCUUCGUACGACUUCGCGUACGCAUUGGGUGAGACGGUGCGGAGGAUUCACGCGACGCCGAGUGGGGUGUACCGCCCGGCGCUCAUCGUCUCCCACCUGAAAUCUCUCUCCCCACAGUUUGAGUUGGGCCGCCAGUGUGACGCCCACGAAUUCGCGUGUCACCUGCUUCAUGCUUGCAAUCGCUCCAUUUUGUUCCGCCAGCUUGGCUCGACAAAGGUGCCGCUGCGCAUAGAGCAGACAAGUGCGUUGCAGCGCAUUGCUGGCGGCUGUCUUCGCUCUGUGGUGUCGUGGAACCGGCGGGAAGAGAUCCAGCGCCUCAUGAAUGCCGGCAAAGUGCAGGACGCGAGUGACUUGAAAAUGAACAAGCGCGGCAGCAGCAGCAGCGAUGUGCUAGAAUCUAAAACGUACGACCCCUUUGGUAUCCUUAAUGUGGAGGUCGAAGGGCACACGCUGAGCCACUGCCUCGCGAAGCUCUGCGAGAAGGAAAAGCUGGACGGACGCAGCUACAUCAGCCCCCGCGGGGUGGGCGUGCAUGCCACAAAGCAGUUUCGGAUCCACAAAUUGCCAUAUGUCCUCAUCAUCCACCUGAAGCGUUUUGACUGCAUGAACCGGAAGGUGAACAAGUAUGUGCAGUAUCCAAAGGUGCUUGAUAUCGCCCCCUUCUGCACAGAGGAGGGCUUACUGCGGGCGACGAAUCGCCGUAGGAGCGCCAAGAGCAAAGAAGGCUCUGCGUGUCUGUAUGAGCUCAAUGCUGUUUGCGUUCACGAGGGCAGAUCUCUCACCUAUGGCCACUACUACAGUGUCGUACGUGCUCGCAACGGCACAUGGAUGUUGUGCAAUGAUGAGCAUCUGUCCCACUGCAACGAGGAGGAUGCGCUUCGUCAGCAGGCGUACAUGCUCUUUUACACCAUGGUGGAACAGCCCUCUUCCCAUGCAGCUGACGCCCGCAAGAUGAGUUCAGGCGCCUUGCAGGAAUGGGGAAAACACCACAGGCCGACAUCAGCACCAGCAGCAAUGCCGAGUUAUGGAAAGGAAGACACGGAAACAGACAUCGGGCGUCAGCUGACGGAUGAGGAGGUUGAGAGGAUAAGAAGGGAGAGAAUAGCCGCACGGCAGGGCACGCUGCAUACCGCCAAUGGCAAGGACAAGGCAAUGUCACGCCACUCAAGUGAACAGAGUAAAGAAGCUGCAACCGCGGGGGAGCGACAGGCAGGAGAGAAGGGGUACAGCAGUAGCAACGGGGACGACGACAGCGACGGCAACGGGGCGGCGGAUGAAGAAGACAUAUUUGCAUCAACCGUCGCCACUCCUGCCCGGAAGGAGAAUACGGCGUCGCGCAACGGGCAGUCCGGCGCAAUGUACCGCGGCAUCAUUAAAGCCAUCCAUCGCCCGGCGCUGCCGGCAGCAGCACACACGGCUGAGGCCGGCAGCCGCGUUGUUGGCCCCCGCGCGGCGGCAGCAGUGCAGGGGAUGAGGCAGCAGUCGCUUUCCACCACCGUCGCCCGCCCGCUGCACGCGCCCAAGUUCCAGCAGCGUGUGCGUGACCCGCUGUGGGAGAUCGAGAUGGACCGCGGCCGCGUGAAGCGGCUUCGCACGCGGCGCGACGACUACGACGGCGAAAACAAAUUCCAGAAGUCCGACAUCGCGUUCGACAGCCGCGGGAGGCGGCGCCGUGAGAAGUGA